AUGGCGCAGCCCAGCGUCCACCAGCUCUUUCGGCGUCUGGAGACUGUCGGUAAGGGUGCGUAUGGCUCUGUCCACAAGGGCAUCCACGUCCCAACCGGGAACAUCGUUGCACUCAAGAUCAUCAACCUCGACACCGCUGACGACGACGUCGAGGCCAUCCAGCGCGAAGUUGCACUGCUGACACAGCUCCGCGACGCUCCCAACGUGACAAAGUACUAUGGUUGCUAUCUAGAUGGGCCUCGUGUAUGGAUUGCAAUGGAGUUCGCUCAGGGAGGAAGCGUCCGAACCCUCAUGCAGACUUCGAAAGAUGGUGCCUUGGAGGAGCGAUUCAUCGUGAUCAUCAUCCGGGAGGUUCUCGCAGGGCUCAGCUACCUUCAUAAAUCUGCUAUCAUACACCGCGACAUUAAGGCUGCCAACAUACUCAUCACUGCAGCUGGCAAAGUGAUGAUAUGUGACUUUGGAGUCUCAGCCCUGUCGGCCAGCACGACGAGUAAGCGAAACACGCUCAUGGGGACUCCAAACUGGAUGGCGCCGGAGGUGGCGCAGCCAACUCCUGUGUACGAUAGCAAGGCGGAUAUUUGGAGCUUGGGCAUCAUGACAUAUGAAAUGGUCAAAGGAGCACCACCACACUCUGACUUGAGAGAUGCUAUCAAGGUCAUGCAACUGAUCGCGCGUGUUAAACCACCACGCUUGGGAGAAGGGGACGGGAGCAAAGACAUGCGUGAUUUUGUCUCUCACUGUCUUCGAGAGUCUCCAAAUGAUCGCCUGUCGGCAGAUGAACUCUCAAAGACAAAGUGGAUUAAGUCGGCCUCCAAAUUAAACAUCUCGAUUUUGAAAGAACUCAUCCAUCGGUAUGAGGUGUGGAUGCAGAACGGUGGUGCACGAGCCAGCCUCGCAGAACCUCUCGAUUGGGAAAGCGAAGAGAAGAGAGAGUGCGUUGUAUAG